AUUCUGUGUAUAUACAUUGCCAUGCACAGGGAAAGAGUGAGGUAGCCCAAACAUCAUCCCACCAGACACUAUGAAGAACAGAAGUGGAAGAAGAGCAAGGAGGAAAAGAAGGAAAAAACGAGGAGAGACUGGACAUGUGACACUCUCUCAUGAAGCGUCGUUUAUGGACUUGAGAAGAUGGCUUAAACAAAAAGGAUUCAGUUCUAAGGGUUUAAUUCCAGCCAGCUUUACAGAUACAGGAAGAGGUCUGAUGGCUACACAACCGAUUGAGGCCAAUGAUCUGGUGAUCUCAUUACCUGAGAAAUGUUUGCUGACUACAAGCAAAGUUCUGGAGAGUUACCUGGGGGAAUAUAUAAAGAGGUGGAAGCCACCAGUAUCUCCUCUCAUCGCACUUUGUUCCUUCCUAAUUGCUGAGAGAUAUCGUGGAGAUACAGCAGAAUGGAGCCCGUACAUCAAAGUCCUCCCAACAUCCUAUACAUGCCCAGUUUACUUCUCAAAAGAAAUCACGGAUCUUUUGCCCAUGGAUGUUCGAAAGAAGGCAGAGACACAAAAAGAACAGUUUGAAGAGCUUUAUUCCACUUCGCUUCCAUUCUUCUUGUCUCUUCAGCCCAUUUUUACUCAUCCUGUAGAGGUAGUGUUUACUCAGGAUGCGGUUCGGUGGGCAUGGUGCAGUGUCAAUACUCGGACGGUGUACAUGGAGCAUGCCCGGAGCGAUUUCCUCUCACGGGAGAAGAAUGUUUUUGCACUGGCACCUUAUCUGGACUUACUGAACCAUUGUCCUGAAGUGCAGGUUCAAGCGGGGUUUAAUGAGCUGUCCCGUUGCUACGAGAUCAGAAGUGUUCCCGGCUGUAAAAAAUUCCAGCAAGCUUUCAUCUGCUACGGUCCCCAUGACAACCAGCGUCUCCUUUUGGAAUACGGUUUUGUUGCCUCUGGUAAUCCACACAGCGUCGUGUACGUCGACUUGGAUACUUUGAAGUUGUGUCUUAAUGAUGCAGAUAAACAGCUUCAGCAGAAACUUCUCUUCCUUGACGACAAUGAUUUUCUCAGGAAUCUGACAUUUGGUAUAGAUGGACCAUCCUGGAGGCUGAUGACAGCUCUUAGGCUACUGUCCAUGAAGCCAGAACAAUAUUCCUGUUGGAAAAGUGUCCUCCUGGGGGCACCAGUGAGCCACGAUCGAGAGGACUGGUGCAUCCUGAAGGCCCAAAUCUUAUGCCAGUAUCUCAGUGAUGACAAUAGCAAAGCACUGUUGAGGAUAGCUCAGCUCAAGCAUGGUGCAGACGGGGCCCAGCUGAAGCAGCUCUGCUUGGUCGAGAGUCUGAGACGAGAAGAACGUGUGAUUUUAGACCGUUCCAAACAAGUUCUCCAAAACAUUCUGCCUCAGCCAUCGUCAUGACAACCGAGUGAACCAUGAAACAUUAAAGGGGCCAGAGGAUAUAGUCACUACUUGUGUUCCUGCCAAGACACGGAGAACUGAGCCAAGUCAGCACAAAGGGAACACUGACAUUUCUCGUUAUGGAGAAUAGCUGGUCCCAGUGGAAUCUUUGGAGUUCAGUGUGUCUGUCUGCCUCCUGGAUUUUCAUCCUUCGUCAUCAAACAAGUGUGGAACCAGACUUAGUCAAAGCAGGAGCAUGUGAGUUUGAGAAGUUCUGGAAUGGAUAUAAAGAGCAGGGAUCAGUGGCUUAGUAGUGCCAUGGCCUUGCUUUGUCUUUUUAAAAGAUUAUAACUAACAUCAAUACAAGGUUUCAUUUUUGGCAUUCACAUCAGCAGCACCGUUACUAGGCAUAGGCAAACUAGGUGGUUACCUAGGACACAACCAGCUGGGGGGCACCAGGUGAGCGCCCCCUGCUUCCCUCACCCUCGCUCAUUUUAAUUAUUUACCCCAUUUUGUCUGCUGCCGUUUAAUAUACACUAUAUGUUUACAUAACUGAAUUCAGGCAAUUUUGCAAUGAUUUUAAAAUGUGUUUAACUGAUGUUUGAAGCUGUUGGUGUAUGAAUGAGGCUCUUUUGCUUCGUCUGUCUUGUUCCGUCUUCUCCAGAGCUGAUUUUUAGACAGAGUUCUCUCCAAGGAUCAGAGACUUUGUUUGAUACCAUGCAAUUCUCUAGAAGCUUUUUGGCACUACAGAGCGGUAACGCUGCCCUAAAAGUCUGAAUUGCGAGAAAUAAAGUUGGAAUUGCAUGGAAUUAAUUUGAAUAAUUAUUCAUUUUUAAGUGGCAGAAACAGGCUUCUAUGUGAAUCUUCUCCUCGCCCCUCACUGUUUCUCCCCAUUCCUCCAUUUUUUCAUUCUGCAGCAUCUUCUGUGUUUACCUAUCCAGAGCGCUCCAGAGUUUAACAGGUGGUGCGUCAGCACUAAUGGUCCGUGGGGAAACCCACAACUCCAUGUGUAGUUAAAUGGACUAAACAAAGCAUUGAGGCAUAUAAUAAUAGGAAUAAUCUGCCUCAAUGACUUUUUGUAUUCAAAUUAAUUAAGUUACUCUGUUUUCCCCCCAAAUCCUUAAAAAAUGUAUAGUAUAAGCACACAUUGUCCAAUUUAAGUACAAUUAAAUAAGAACAGUUGGCAA